AUGGUGUCAGCAUCGUCAGUCGAAUCCGUCUCCUCGGGGCGCGCAAGGCGAACCGUGUACCCGGCGGGCCGAAUGAAGACCAUGGACUACAUGUACUCGAUCUGGCCGAUCCCCCGGAAUCCCAGCUGGAUUUUGCGAUUCGUCUUGUACAUCACGGGUGCUCCUGUGGCGUCCACAUAUAUCGUGGGAAAAUUCCCACGGUCCCGCAUCGACGAGACUUACUAUGUAUACGAUCCUCAGCAGAUGAUGUAUACCGACCAAGGUGCAUAUGUAUAUUGGGCCACGACCCGAGGUACCAACGACCUCUUUCGCUAUUGGGGUGUCGCGAGUACCUAUUAUACGGAGGAGGCGGCGGAUGGCGCGCCGGCGAGUGUUGUCGAAGAAGCUGCUGGUGGAAGAUCUCCUGGGAAAGAACCUCUAUCGAACUGA